ACACACGGUCUUACGUAGUUACGUCCCGCGCCAAAUUUCGGAGCUGGAACGGCGGAUAGAAGUGGAAGGUUGAGGACUGGAUAUAAAUUGCGGUGCAGGAUCCCGGUCAGCCGCCGACAGCCGAGCGCGAUGGGCUUGAUCGACCUUUGCCAGGAGCUCUUCGGCUCUCCGGACCUGUAUCAGGUUCUGAGGGUGAGCAGGGGGGCGUCAGGCCCGGCAGUCCGCCGCGGGUAUUACAAGGUGUCGAUGGAGGUCCACCCGGAUAGAGCCCCCAGUGACCCGCGGGCCACCGAGAAGUUCCAGACUCUGGGGAAGGUGUACGCCGUGCUGAGUGAUGCGGAGCAGAGGGCCGUGUACGACGAGCAGGGCAUCGUGGACGAGGAGGCCGACAGCCUGCAGCGGGACCGCUGCUGGGAAGAGUACUGGAGGCUGCUCUUCCCCAAGCUGACAGUAGAGGACAUUGUUAAAUUUGAGAACAAAUACAAGGGCUCACAGGAGGAGAAGAACGAUGUGCAUCAGCUCUACCUGAAGUUCAAGGGCAACAUGGACAAGAUCAUGAUGUCGAUACUUUGUGGCACCUAUGAAGACGAGCCUCGCAUACGUGACCUGAUCCAGGAAGGUAUAGAUGCUGAGGACCUGCCUGCCUAUGAAACCUUCACCCACGAGCCUGAAAAAAAGAAGGUGGCACGCAAACGAAAGGCUGAGAAAGAGAAAAAGGAAGCAGAAAAAUUAAUAAAGGAACGGAAACAGAAUGAAGAAGCAGAACAAUUAAUGAAGGAACAGAAACAGAAUGAAGAAAAGGAUCAAGAUCUGGUGGCAGCAUUGCAGACAAGGCAGAAGUCACGGGAACAGGAAUUUAACUCCCUUUUGUCAGACCUGGAAAAUAAGUACUGUAAGAAAGGAGCCAAAGGAGGGAAGGGAAAGAGACCGAAAAAGUAACAACUCUAGAGGCAGUGUUGUAAAUAAUUUAGGGCUUGCAUUAAGAGGCACUUGUCACCCUACAACCACACACUAGUCACUAAAAGCUCAGGAUUGAAAGAUUUAACAAUGUUAAAUGCUGCUGAGAGCACAUUAUUUUCUCCAUAAAUGUGUCUACCUAGAACACAACUAUUUUUCUUUUUAACUGUUUAAAUGUCCAAAUGAGGGUUUUUUUUUUUUGCUUUUCUCAUCUCGGUCCCUAAGCUGGGCUCUUGUUCUAGUGCUAGUGUAAAAGUUCUUGAAAGUACAUCAAAGAACUUAGUGUUUGAUCUAGACAGUUUGAUCAAAGUUCUAGGGUGUAUAGGUGUAUAGUUAAAAAUGUUUGUUGUGAAAUUGCUGUUAUCUUACUAGAAUCACAACAGUUAUUAAAGAUAGGUGUUUUGCAAUUGUGUAUUCAAGGUUUUGUGUUCAUAAAGCAAGUUAAAUUGUUUAUAUUAUGUUUUAGGAGAAUUUUUCUAAAUCUAUAUUGGAUGGAAAUUUUGAUCUGCUCACCAACUACAAACCCAGAAUUUGACAAAGGGCCUCUGUCAAAGACGAAGCCAUUUUGUUUGAAUAUUGGCUUUCUAAUUUAAGAUUUGGUGGGUGAGAGUUUAUGUCGUCUAGGCCCUUUUUUCUGACAGGUUGUUUGUUGCUUUUAAUAUAGCAAUUUAUUUGACCUGCUGUUGUAUUUGUAUUCAAAUUAAAAAUUUCAUUUCA